AUGAAAAAAAAUUUAAAUAAUCUAACAAAAAAAAAAUUAUUUCAAUUAAAUAAUUAUAAUAAUAAUUCAAAGAAAAUUGAAUUUAAUAAUAUAAAUAUUCAAGAAUUUAAUAAUGGAUGUAGAAAAAUUAUAAUAAAUAGAGAUGAAAAUUCAAAUUCUAUAAAUUCAGAAAUUUCAACAAAUUUUUUAUUAAAUAAAUUAAAUGAAUAUAAAGAAGAUAAAGAAAGUAAAUUUAUAAUUCUAUGUGGUGAUAAUAAUUUACCAAAUUCAAAUUCAUUAUUAAAUCAAAAUUCUAAUAAACCAAUUAUAUCAUUUGUAAAUGAAAUUACUAUGGGUUUAACUUUACAUUGUAGUCAUAGAAUUGUUGGUGAUAAUGCAAUUUGGUCAAUUCCAAAAACUAACGAAUUAUUUUUUUCAGAUUUGGGAACAAGUCAUUUCCUUUCAAGACUCGGUUCAGUUGGAUUAUAUUUAGGAAUAGUUAGAAAAAAUAUUAGGACAACAGAUUUAAUUAAAACUAAUAUUGCAAAUAAUUAUAUCCCAAAUGAAUUAUUUGAUAAAGCAAUGUGUGAAUUGUGUUUUAGUCCAAUGAAUAAAUGA